AUGUCUUCUCCAGCAUCCACUCCAGCCUGCGUCCCCAUCGCCACAGACUCGCAAACCGAUGUCUCCAACUUCAUCUCGAUCAUCACGGCGGCAUUUUCCACCACAGCCCUGACGACAGCCUUCAUAGUAGAUACCGACGGCACACCCCCGCCCUACCCGUCUCCGCUGAUCGACGAUGCUCGACGGGAACGACACUUCUCACGCGGCAUACUUGAGAGUGCGGCCUCAGGCGCGGAGCUGGUCCAAGCAGGAGAUUGGUCUGCCAUCGCACUGUGGGAGACUCCCACGUACCAGGGCAAGGCAUUCAUCGACUCGAAGGCCAAACCGUGUCCGUUGCUGAGCGAAUGGAGAGGCCGAGUCAAAGCCGCCAAGGCAAAGUAUCUCGCUGCGCCGACCACCACGGCGGCGACGUCGGAGGCAUCAAACUCGAAUUCCCCAUCGGGUGCCGAGUCAGACUCCGGCUCCGACCGCCAGGACAACCAGCAAGAACCGGCCCUCCGUCCCUUCUACCAUCUCUCAUUCCUGGCGCGGAACCCGGCCAAGCCUCGCGUCCCAGGCAGCAUCAACGCCGUCAUGACGCCGUAUCUCGAGCGUGCCAAGGCAGAGGGCGUGCCGGCGUGGUUGGAAGCCACCACCCCGCAAGCGGCGCGGAUCUACGAGCAUUUCGGAUUCCGGGUCGUCGAGGAGAUUGUGGUAGGCACGGGCCAGGUCGACGCCCGGGGGUGGCCUGCUACCGGAGAAAAGGCCACGGGCGUCACGGCGUGGGCCAUGAUCUUCGAUUCGCAUCUGAGUGAGUGA